UCUUUUAAUUUUGACCAUUUCAUUCCAUGGAAGAAGAUCCAUAUUUGACACAAGCACGUUCAUCAGAGAUUACAAGUUCGAAGCAUGCAAUGAAAUCAAUUCAAGGGACCCAUUUAGUAGGUCAUGGUGUCCAACUGGUUGUUCUUGACAACCCAUGGCCAUGCAUGUUUCAUAAAUUUUACUGAUGAAGCAGAAUUAGCUCAAAUAAAGUUUUUUGUCUGAGUCGAAAAUGGAGAAACACGUCAGGGAAGGAAGGUCUUUGUCUGAAACCCCAACAUGGGCUUUCGCUACUGUGAUCGCUGUAAUGGUCUCUCUUGGGUUCUUCUUCCAAAUUUCUCUAAAGCGGUUUGGAAAGUGGCUAGAUAGGACUAAGAGAAAAUCUCUUUUUGCAGCACUGGAAAAGAUCAAAGAAGAGCUAAUGCUUUUUGGGCUUUUAUCACUGUUGAUGGGUCAUUGGAUCGUUGUUGUGGCCAAGAUUUGUGUUAAAUCAUCAGUUUUGAGUAGCCGAUUUUUUCCUUGUGGAUUAGAAGAAAUUUAUGCAGUUAAUGAUGCUCUCUCUUCAAGCUCCGAGUUUGUGAAUAAGUCUGCUUUUAAAAAGCAUUUUACAACUCAUGAUUUUUGUUCUGAGGGUCACGAAUCGUUCGCCUCAUACGAAAGUCUCGAACAGCUUCACCGUUCCAUGUUUGUUCUUGGCAUUACACAUGUUUUAUACAGCUUUGCUGCCAUUGCUUUAGCCAUGCUCAAGAUCUAUAGCUGGAGAGUAUGGGAAAAUGAAGCUAAAGCUAUAGCUACUCAGACCUUAGAAGAAACUCCAGAAGCUCUGCCAAAAUGUGCAAGAAUGAGGAGAAUGUCUACUUUCAUUGAUCAUCAUACAUCUCAUCCAUGGAGCCAGCAUGGGAUUCUAGUUUGGCUGCUUUGUUUCAGCCGCCAGUUUUGGAGUUCUAUUAACCGAUCUGACUACAUGGCUUUGCGAUUGGGCUUCAUCACUAAUCAUCAACUUCCUUUGUCAUAUGAUUUUCAUAAUUAUAUGCUUCGAAGCAUGGAGGAAGAAUUUCGUGACAUCGUGGGCAUCAGUAUUCCUCUAUGGAUAUACACCAUAUGCUGCAUCUUUCUAGAUUUUCAUGGAAGCAAUAUUUAUUUUUGGCUUUCUUUCUUUCCUGCUAUUUUGAUCCUGCUCAUCGGUACUAAACUUCACCGAGUGGUGGUAAAGUUAGCUGUUGAAAUCAUGGAUCGCUGUCCAUACAUGGAAAAUCACCAGUUUAAGCUGAGGGAUGAGCUCUUUUGGUUUAAAAGACCUAAGCUUCUUUUGCACUUGAUACAACUAAUAUCCUUCCAGAAUGCAUUUGAAAUGGCUACUUUUAUUUGGUCCCUGUGGGAAAUCAAAGAGCCUUCUUGUUUCAUGAACAACCGUAAAUUUAUUGCGAUUCGCUUGUCAUUUGGGGUGAUAUCCCAGUUCUGGUGCAGCUUCAUCACAUUCCCACUCUAUGUUAUCAUAACUCAGAUGGGUUCAAGGUUCAAGAAAACUGUAAUAUCUGAUAAUGUGAGAAAAUCGCUGUUAGGGUGGCGAAGAAGAGUUAAAGCCAGGCAUACCAUGUCACAAACUAGUACUACUCCACUCAUCCCGAGUGAAGCAGCAACUUCAUCAUCAGAUUCUGUGAUGACCGAGUCAGUCCGGACUGGUGAUGACUUUGCCACAACUAGCACAGAAGGAAGCUCUGCAGGAUCUCGCAUUAUCAAUCUCCCACAUCAGAGAGCUGAAGAGGGAGAGAGAACAACUUAUGAAAUAAAUCCUGAAAACUCAGACCAGUUACCAUCACCUUAUGAUAUUCAUAGUAACGAGUAUGAAAUUAGACAUCGUAAUGUUAAUAACCACGAUGUAAUAUCUCCUUAAAACUAUUAUAUACUAUCAGUGUAUUGUUGUUGUACCAUGAAUGUUCGAAUUAGAAUUUUGUAUUUGGGCUUAAAACGAUUUUAAUGGAAUUCUUACCUUCAAGGUAGAGAGGGAAGAA